AUGAGUCAAGAGCAGCCGCGGAGGCCGCUGCAGGUGGAACCCAUCAAGUAUGGGGAUUUAUUCGAAGUACAGGGGGAGCUGGCAACCAUGCCGGUGACGCCGAAAGAUGCGGCCAUGAUGCAGUCGGCGGAGAAUGCCAUGUUGGGUAAGACCCUCAGGGGCGGCGCCGCUGCCGUCAUGCAGUCGGCCGCCAUGAAGAACGAGAAGGCCGGCCAUGUUGGACACAAAGAUAUGACCACUUCUGCCGCCAAUCUCGGCGUAGUAGAGCACUAUAAUAAAAAAGUAACGAUGCAGACGGUGACGCCACCUUCUCAGCCGCAACAAGAUGCUCCAGUUGGGCUUGGAGGCUGCGGGGGAAUUACUAUCGGAGAAGCGCUGGAAGCUACGGCUGUCACCGCCGGUAACAAGCCUGUGGAGUGGAGUGACGCCGCCGCAAUUCAGGCAGCCGAAGUGAGGGCCACAGGCCGUACCAACAUUGUCCCCGGCGGUGUUGCUGCUGCCGCUCAGUCUGCGGCCACCCUCAAUGCCCGCCUCACAAACAACGCCGAAAAGACCACACUCGCUGAUAUUCUUACUGAUGCGACUUCAAAGCUGCCGUCAGACAAAGUGGCGACGAGGAAAGAUGCGGAAGGGGUAACCGGAGCAGAGAUGAGAAAUAACCCUAACCUUGCCAUUCAUCCCGCCGGCGUGUCCGUGUCCGUCACUGCGGCAGCUAGGCUUAACCAAAUUCAUAAUUAG